AUAUUUAUUUGAAAAUAAAAUAGUAAACUGUGUGUCGAAAAACAAAAAAAAAAUGGAAAAAUUAUUUAUUAUAUGUUUGAUAUCUAUAAAAAUAUUAAUAAUAUCAAAUAAUUUGUAUGAGGACGGAAGCUUGUAUCAUAUUGAUCAUAAAACAAUAAACGAAUCAAAUGAUUUCCGAAUAUUUGACAUGUGGAAAUUUUCAUGGACUGUUGUAAUUGAAAUAUCCGUUCGUAAUACUGACAGUGAUUUUGAACCUGUUGAUGGUGUGUUUCAAUAUCAUUAUUGCACUGGGUCAUUAUUAAAACCAUAUUUAGUUUUAACAAGUGCUGCAUGUAUACAUGACGUAAUAUCACAAUAUAAUGAAUUUGGAAUUUCUGUUCUCGGUGAUUACAACAGAACUGAAAACGUUAUAUACAUAAUGAAAUCACGGUCAUUGAAUCAAAACGAACAACGAGUCGGUAAUGAAUCAGGGUUGGUUAAAGAAGCUGUUAAUAAACGUAUGUCAUUUAAAAUGCGUCAUAUAUAUUAUUACAAUUUUGCUAAAAAAUAUAACAGCUCUGAGCCAGACAUCGCAUUGAUUGGGUUGAAAAAAUCUAUAUUAUUUGGUAACAAUGAAAAAAUUACCAUACCUAUAGCGAGUAAGUGCCAUAAUAUAAAUUAUAAUAAAUGUCUGAUAACAAUAAUAACGGAUAGUCGACGUGAUAAUUCUUCUUAUACAUGUUCGGUUAAAUUUACAUAUGAGACCGUUUUCGAUGAAGUAAGUCAACAAAGUCGCAAUAUAAGUCACGGAAAAUUAAAUUGUCAUCCUGAAGAUUUUGACGAACAUAGUCGAUUUUGUUUGGAGAAUUCAUGUGGAGGAAAUCCAAUAGUAUGUAAGCUAUAUGGAGUUAAACCAACGAAAUAUGUCCAAGUUGGUCAUUUAAAAGCCGUAAAUAAAAAAACAAAAAUGGAAUAUAUAUAUAUACCUGAUGUAAUAGACUUAUAAUGUUAUAAUAUAUAUGAAUAUAUAUGACAUAUAAUUUAAUGUUAAAUUUUAUUAGAAAAAAAUACUUGGUAAAACCAUCGACAGGAUUCGAUCCGCGUACCUUAGGUUUAAAUUCAAAUUAAUACAUUCUUCAUAUUUCUUAUAUUUAUUCCGAAAAAUAUAUAUAGUAUGAAUAAUGUAAAUUAUUUGAAUUAUGAUUUAAAUAAAUAAAUAUACGCUAUUUUUUAAUUGUAAAUUGAAGUGGAAGGUUGAAAAAUCAUUUGCGCGGGAAAUUUAAAAAUUCAAAAAAGCGCGCGAAAUAAAAAAGUGAAAUAGCGGCAUCUUUGAACAUUUCUUGGUAUUUUAAAUAGAAAAAUAAUGAUAAUAGUAAUGACGUAUUGAUCACAUGUUAAAAUAAACAGCGAAGUUUCGUAAUUUCAGUUAAUAUACGAUAACCUAGAAAUUAAUAUAUAUGUAUAUAUUUGUGUAUAUUUAAUAUUUUAUUUAUAAAAAAAAAUUUUUUGAUGUAACAAUAAAUAAAAUUAUGUAAAGUGUCAAUUUAUUAAUGAAGAAGAUCAAUAUUAUUUAUUGAGUAAUUAAAAAUAGAUAUUUAGAUUAUAUUUUCAAAAUGUAUAGAAAAAUUAGCUGUGGAAAUUUUAAAAAUAUCAACCUAUCACUUGGCUGUGUUAAAAAUUAUUCUAAAGAAGAAACGACUUUCAAAGAUAAAUUAAACAAUGGCCCUAAUUUGGAGGACUUUUUAAAUGAAAAAAUUCCCAAGUACGAUGGGAAAUUGAAGUUAGAUAAAAAUGAUAAGUCACGACUGAGAUUGCCCCCAUGGUUAAAACGUGAGAUUCCAAUGGGAGAAAAUUAUGCCCAAUUAAAAUCACAAUUGCGUGAGUCGAAAUUAGCGACAGUAUGCGAGGAAGCGAGGUGUCCAAAUAUUGGUGAGUGUUGGGGCGGUGGCGAGCAUGGAACAUCCACAGCAACAAUUAUGCUGAUGGGUGACACGUGUACACGUGGGUGCAGAUUUUGCUCAAUAAAAACCGCACGUGCGCCUCCGCCAUUAAAUCCCGAAGAACCAGUUAAUACAGCAAUUGCUGUUGCUAAAUGGGGUGUUGAUUAUAUUGUACUCACAUCUGUUGAUCGUGAUGAUUUACCCGAUGGAGGAUCUAAUCAUAUUGCAGCAACGAUAAAAGAGUUGAAAAAUCGGAGCAAUAUUUUAGUAGAAGCUUUGGUGCCAGAUUUUGGCGGGAAUCAAGAAAGUAUACAAAAUAUCGUCGACUCAAAAUUAGACGUCUUUGCACACAACAUCGAAACAGUCGAACGCCUGACGCCAUUUGUACGCGAUCGACGCGCGAAUUACAAACAGUCGUUGAAAGUUUUAAAAAUGGCGAAAGAAUUAAAUAAAAAUUUGAUAACAAAGUCAUCGAUAAUGUUGGGCCUCGGAGAAACUGAUGAAGAAAUAAUGACGACAAUAAAAGAUCUAAGAUCUGUAGGAGUCGACGCACUGACUCUGGGUCAAUACAUGCAGCCGACAAAACGUCAUUUGAAAGUAAUUGAAUACGUGACACCGGAAAAAUUUAAAUACUGGGAAGAUUUUGGAAAUAAAAGUGGAUUUUUGUAUACCGCUAGUGGUCCACUCGUUAGAUCUUCUUACAGAGCUGGUGAAUUUUAUCUGGGAAAUAUUAUCAAGCAGCGAAGUCGCAACGUAGAAGAUGUUAAUGUUUGAUAUUUUAUUUUAUUUAUUAGUUUAGUGAAUUUGAACUGUCGAGAUUUUUGUAAUUGUUGAGACAAAUAAAUUAUUUUUAUUUAAAGGCGGCUGGUUUUGUAAUUGGAAAGAGUAGAAAUUCGGGUCUGGUUAAUUGGAGACUUUUUUUCGUUGGAGUUGAGGGAAAUGAAAAAGUCUAUGGGGGAAUGCAUUCGG